AUGCCAACAAUUAUGUUUUGGAGUCUCAUUAGUUGCAACUUAAAGUGUUCUAAUGUGUUGCCGUGUGUGAAGAACGAUGCCGUUAAUGAUGUAAGCGGCAGCUGUGCGCUGGAUACUGAAAGCGGAAAGCUGGAUGCUGAAAGCAGAAAGCUGAAAACCGAAAGCCGAGCGCCAAAAGCUGAGUGA